AUGGGAACAAAGGGCCUCGGAGACAAAGUGCAUAACAUGUCGCAGCCUCCAGUGUUGACAGAGAUGCCGUCAUCGUACACAGCGUUUUCUACAGAGGACAUCAACCUGCCCUGUGAGGCGUCUGGCCUGCCAGCACCCAGUUUCCGCUGGGUGAAGGACGGAGAGGAGUUCGGGUCGGAGCGGAGCGGAUCCGGGACGCUGUCGGCCGACGGGGACACGGAGCUCGGCUUCUACGCUGGUUCCUACCGCUGCUACGCCUCCAACACACUGGGGACGGCCGUGACACAAACUGUACAGGUCAUCGUGGAGGCUCAACCCGUUCUUCUGAAGCAACAGAAAGUUCGGAAGCGAGCGUACGAGGGAGACAGCAUCGUUCUGUCCUGCAACCCCCCCGAGAGCACCACUCCUCCACACAUCCACUGGAUGGACAAGAGGAUGGUGCACAUCAAGCAGAGCGACAGAGUGACGCUCGGCCUCGAUGGGAACUUGUAUUUUGCAAACCUCCUAAAGACCGACAGCCGAGACGACUACAUCUGCAACGCUCAGUAUUCAGCCGCCAGGACCAUCCUCCCCGAGACGUCUGUGAAACUCACCGUCAUGCCCAGUAAUGACGUGGUCCACGGUAGAAAGCCUGAGCUGUUCCUCCCGAGCGGCUCCCACAGCUCGGUGAACUCCCUCAGAGAUCACAGCGUCACACUGGAGUGCGUCCCCAAAGGCCUACCCACUCCUCACGUGGAAUGGAAGAAGAAGGACAGCGAACUGGACGAGACCAGCGGCGUCGUGGAGAACUCCGGCCGCUGGCUCACGUUCAACAGCAUCACGGAGGCGGACGACGGAGAAUACGAGUGUCGAGCCUUCAACCUCCACGGCUCCACGGCCCACUCGUUCAGCGUCACUGUGGAAGCGGCUCCUCAUUGGGUGAAGGAGCCUCAGAGCCUGCUCUACGCUCCGGGGGAAACUGUGCGCCUGGACUGUCAGGCUGAAGGAAUCCCGACCCCGCGUAUCACCUGGAGCAUCAACGGGCAGCAGAUCACAGACGUGGACGAUGAAUCCCGUCGGAGCGUGUUGGGCGGCGUGUUGAUCCUGAGGGAAGUUGUGUUUGCUGACACCGCCGUGUAUCAGUGUGAGGCCUCAAACAAACAUGGCACCAUCCUCCUCAACACCUACAUCUACGUCAUCGAGCUUCCUCCUCAGAUCCUGUCGUCUGACGGAGUCGUGUACAGAGUCGCUGACGGAAAAGACGUCAAGAUGCACUGCUUCUCCUUCGGGUCUCCACGACCACACGUCACAUGGCAGAAUGACGACACACUUCCCCUGCUGUCUGACCCUCGGGUCGGCCUGCUGACCAACGGCACCAUGGAGCUGUCGGGCGUGAGUCAGGACGACAGUGGGACGUACACCUGCUCCGUGCAACAGACCAACAUCUCCAUCGCUGCACAUCUGGAAGUUUUCAAUCGCACGGUGAUUCUGACGAGUCCGCAGAACGUCCGUGUUCUCCGAGGAACCGACGCUCUGCUCGACUGUCUCUUCUACCGGGACCCGCGGCUGCUCAAGUUCCAGAUCGUCUGGAAGAGAGACGGACAGAAGCUGCUGGAGAUGGCAAAGAGCGACAAGUACACUUUCUUCGAUAAUGGAACUUUGAAAGUGACGGACGUCCAAUCAGUCGACUCGACUCAGUAUUCGUGUGAGGUCAUCACCGACCUGGACAACGUGCAAGCCAGCGGCUCCAUCACCGUCGUGGCUCGACCCGACCCCCCCAAAGACCUGUCUCUGUCCAACUUGGAGGACCACAGCCUCACACUCAGCUGGAUCCCGGGACACUCACACAACAGCCCCAUCACAGAGUACGUGGUGGAGGCGCGGGAGGAGCAGCACUCGGAGGAGGGCGAGUGGAAGUGGGAGCAGUGGCAGGAGGUCCCAGCCGACUUCAACCACCUGCAGCUGAAGCUCCACCCCUUCUGCACCUACCGCUUCCGGGUCAUCGCCAUCAACGCCAUCGGCCGCAGCCACCCCAGCAAGGCCUCGGAGCACCACAGCACGCCACCUGCUGUUCCUGACACGAACCCGACUGGUGUCCGCAGCGACUCCACAGACCCGAAGACUCUGAGCAUCACCUGGGAUGAGAUGGACCGGCGCUUCCACUACGGCCAGGACUUCCAGUACAAGGUGUCGUGGCGUCAGGCCGGGGGAAAGAGCGUGCACUGGAACCACAGCUACACCAAGGCCCCCCCCUUCCCGGUGAACGACACCGGGACCUACGCACCGUUUGAGAUCAAAGUCCAGGCCGUCAACUCGCUGGGAGGCGGACCUGAGCCGGAGGCGGAGAUCGGACACUCGGGGGAGGACGUCCCUGAGGAGGCGCCCACGGGAGUGGCGUCCACGGUGAUGAACGCCACGGUCCGGGUGACGUGGAGCGAGGCGCAGAGCGUCCGGGGGCUGCUGCUUGGACACAAGAUCUACAUCAGGAGGCUGGGCCCCCAGGGUGGGCGGGGCCGGAGGUCUCUGGAAAAACUGCACCACGGGGACGAGCGAGGGGGGGGGUCCCACCGAGGGACGGAGAGAGACACAGCCAGCAGAGUGGUGGUCGUCCACGGCGUGAAGACGUCCAAGGAGGUGACGGGUCUGCAGCUGUUCUCCUCCUACGAGCUGUCCGUCACUGCCUUCAACAGCAAGGGGGAGGGGCCUCACUCGCUGCCUCACCGCUUCAGCACGCCGGAAGGAGUUCCGGGUCCUCCUGCAUCCCUGAGGUCUGAGAGCCCGACAGAGAAAUCCCUGAUUCUCUUCUGGACGCCUCCAGUUGAAACCAACGGGAUCCUGGUGGGAUACAGGGUUCAGUACCAGAAAGAGGUGGAGAGCAGAGACAGUCAGGUGGAGAUGCAGACCUUCAGUGAUCCCAACAUGACUCACAUCCUGUUGGACGACCUGGACCCCAGCAGCCACUACACCUUCAAGGUGAUCGCCCGCACCGCCACCGGGGACGGCCCCCCCGUCACUCUGAGUGGCGCCACCCUGCUGGACGGAGUUCCUCCAACGAACGUCACCAUCGUCCAGGACAACACGUCCUUCAACCUGAGCUGGGUCCCAGGAGAGAGAGACAGGAACCACGGCUUCCACAUCCGCUACCUCCGGAAGAGCGAUGGGGGCGAGUGGGAGGAGUCAGAGUUGGUGAACUCCACGCAGGGUUUCUAUUCGCUGACAGGCCUCCAACCAGGAACUCAGUACCACCUGAUGAUCCUCCAUGGGAACGUCACCCAGUGGCAGGAGGAGGGCUGGACCAUCGGACCAGUGCCCUCGGAGAUGCCCGCCGGGUUCGCCACUCAGGGCUGGUUGAUCGGACUCGUCAGCGCCAUCGUGCUGCUGAUCCUGAUCCUGCUCAUCCUCUGCCUCAUCAAACGCAGAAGGGGCGGGAAGUACGCAGUGAAGGACAAGGAAGACAAGGAGGUGGACUCUGAAGCUCGGCCAAUGAAAGACGAGACCUUUGGAGAAUACAGAUCUCUGGAGAGCGACGGAGACGAGAAGCGCUCGGACAGCCAGCGCUCCCUGGGGGGGGAAAGCAAGCUGGGCAGCGAGGACUCUCUGGCGGAGUACGGAGACAGCGUGGACAUCCAGUUCAACGAGGACGGAUCCUUCAUCGGCCAGUACAGCAACCGGGCGCCGGCCCCCCCCGGGCACGAGAGCUCCGGGCCCGCCUCCCCCGACACCGCCCCCCCGCCGCCCCUGGCUCCGUCCAUGUCCAGCAUCCUGAACCGGCCCACCUAG